AUGUCUCGCGAUCACUCCUUCGUGUCAAAGUCAACUAUCGAAGAAGCUAUAAAUAACCAAAACGACGCAGCUUUGUUUCUUUCCAAGCUUCUCUUCUCCGCCAAAGCCAAAUACUCCAACUCCGUUUUCUCGCCGGCGUCGGUAACCGCCGCGCUCACUUUGGUGGCCUCUGGUCCCGGCGAUUCCGAUUCCUCAGUCUCCAAAGAGAUCCUCUCAUUCCUGAGCUCAUCUUCAAUCGACGAGCUCAACGCCGUCUUCAGCGAGAUCGCUUCCGUCGUCCUCGCGGACCGUAGCGCCAACGGCGGUCCAAAGAUCUCGUCCGUCAAUGGCGUCUGGAUCGAGCAAUCGCUACCGAUCGAUUCCUCAUCGUUCAAGGAUCUCUUCGAGAACUUCUUCAAGGCUAGCUUCGAUCGCGUCGAUUUCCGAUCAAAGGCUGAAGAAGUGCGUGUGGAAUUGAAUUCAUGGGCAUCGAAUCACACGAAUGGUCUGAUCAAAGAUCUUCUUCCUCGUGGAUCCGUUACAGAGUUAACCGAUUUGGUUUACGGAAACGCAUUGUACUUCAAAGGAGAAUGGGAGGUUCCAUUCGACAAGUCCUAUACGAGAAAGGAAAAGUUUCACCUUGUCAAUGGAGCCUCAGUGUCAGUGCCAUUCAUGAGCAGCUUCAAGAAACAAUACGUAGAGGCUUAUGAUGGUUUCAAGGUCCUCAAGCUACCUUAUCGACAAGGCAGCUUCUCGAUGUAUUUCUAUCUUCCUGACGAGAAAGAUGGAUUGGACGAUCUUGUGGAGAAGAUGGGAUCUACUUGUGGGUUCUUGGAUAGUCACGUUCCAAGUUGUAAAGUUGCAGUUGAUGGAUUCAGGAUCCCGAAGUUUAAGAUCGAUUACGGAUUAGACGGUGGAGACAUAGGGUUUAGUGCAAUGCCUUUGUUCCACAAAGCUUGUGUUGAGAUCGAUGAAGAAGGUGCUGAAACUGCUGCUGCCACUUUGACAUUCAAGGGACGUAUGCUUGCUAAGGGGAUUGAUUUUGUGGCGGAUCAUCCUUUUUUGUUCUUGAUUAGAGAAGACGAAACUGGAACUGUUUUGUUCGUUGGUCAGAUUUUCGAUCCUUCCCAAAAAUCUUCUUAG